GAGCCAAUACAAGCAUACCUUUCCAAUUAUGCAGUUCCCGUUAUUGCGGACUGGCCGGGCCAGUACUUUAUUCGUAAAGCCAUUGCACAGCGACUUCUUCUUAACAAUGAAACGAUUCCACCAUUUGUUAUGUCGUUCUUGCCGAUUAUGGGGCCCCUCCAUGUGUCUCUGAACGCCC